GCAAGUUUACGCAGCUCAUCGGACGCAGCGGCUGUGUGCUACGCUUGUGAAAAUUAAUAUAACCUUGCCAUGAGUUUUCCGAGACGUGCGCGCGUAUUUGUUACUCGUAAAUAAUCGCGAUGCCGUUGUUAUGAGCUGUUAUCGGGGUCAUCGCGCGUCAACGAACUAGUCGUUCGAAGAUCCACCAUCUUUGGCAGCGGAAGUAGCGGCGGAUGUCCCGGCAUGGAUAAUCCAUCUUACUUCGCAUUUCCGGAAAAAGAUGUCACCGACAAUGCCAGUUCAACGGUCAGUGGGCCGGAGCAGUAUUCCCGUUCUGCUCCUGCCCGAGCAUGGGCAGAUGGUGGUAGACCACUUCAAUCACCAAGGAGAAGGGAGCCCGAAAGCCCAAGGAGAAAAGAGUUCAGGGCUCUCCUUAGGUCGCUGUCAGCGAAGGAACCUGAAAAGGCAGAAGCUUUUCUCAAAGGACAGCCAAGACCUGGGGACUGCGCGCCUGGUGACAUGAGACAUACAUUUACUGCGCCGAGGAUAAAGAAAGGCAAAAUCAGUACAACUAUAGUGACAUCAGAUGGGACAAAGGAGCAUGAAGAGGUUUUCUAUACUGUACCCCAACAGGGCCGCAGACGACAUUCAGUUGGGGGCUAUCUUGCCACAGGAGCAAGCGGUGCGGGUGAAGUUACAACUGUGCCCAGUGAAGUCCCUAAAAUGCCACCUCCAAGAUUCAAUCAGCAGGACGAUGAAGUCAGAAGAAGACGUCCAAGAAAUUUCUCAUUUAAAGAAAUGGAAGAUAUCGCGAUCCUGUGGAGCUCGGGUUCGCCUGAGAGCGCUCUAUGGUCCAAUUAUCUGGUGGCCAGCUUUGACAAAAUCAUGUCACAAAGAGCAAGGCACCAUUACAGAGUAACACCAAUAAAGGCCGAAGAAUUGAUGUCUCCAGACUCUCAGGAAAAAUUGGAUAAGUUAGCAAAAGCUCAGUUGCAAAUCGUUAUCCUAUGUCCGAUACUUGCGACAAAAAUGGCGGAUUUAAAGCGAGACCUCCAUUGUGAUGACAUAUUUAAGUCCGAGAAAGUUCUUGUCAUGCUGCUGGGAGUAGAAAGGAACAGUGUUAUCGCGCAAAAUUGUGAUGACUAUCCAACCGUUGACGAAUGGCAGAUGAUGUCAGUUCGGGAGAAGGACACAUCAUUUGUGGAUACAUUCCUGACAGCAGCAGUGGGUAUACUCCGUACAAAGGACUGCAAAGACACAGCCACAGACAGAACAAGCUUCUCCAUUGUGCCAAAGAAAGUGAAAAUUGGUCAAAGUCGAGUGAUAGCGCUACUGAAUGACCCCAUUAGAGAGGAAGACAGUAUCAAGAUUAUGGUCGAUAAGAAAGGCGAGGUCAUUCAUAUACCUACUUUCAAGAAGAGGAAUCCUUAUACAUUGCAAUUUGAUAUACCAGAGUCAUGCUUGGAAGUGUCUAUGUUAGUUUGGGUGCGUGUAAGCAAGAACGGACAAUCCUUAGGACGAAGACAAAUCAAAUGCGAGAGUCGACUCAGAGAAUUGGACCAGCUGCUUCGUGCUUCCGACCAUCCUUUAGAAUUUAUGUGCCAGACAUUAGGUUUUAAGACAACUAGCAAAGAACAACUGGAUAGCUGGAUGCUCAAUGCCUUUCAGAAGAAUAUUCCGCCUCAUUUCAAUCUUCUGUCAUCCACUGAACAGUACAAUCCGAAAGCUGAUGUAUCGAGUGGUGAAGAAUACCCAACGUUACUCCACUGGGCAGCUCGAUUCGGUCUAGAAAGAGUUUGUUGGCAACUCCUCGAAUGUCCCGGUGGUGGGGCUGCGGUCGCGUUGAUGAACGCACGUAGACGCACACCGGCGGACCUUGCACGCGACCAUAAACAUUACAAACUAGCUGAUAUGUUAGCUGAUCAUCUUAAAAUAAACGAAUUCUCGAACAUGUACUACUAUCUUAAGAACAUGUCUGACCCUGAUAAGGAAGGGCAGGAAGAGGGCAAACAAGAACUACAAAUCGUUGAGUCCACUGACGUCAUCGAUUCACCAACGCGUGAAACCGCUGUCAAUGGCUCUGAUCCAUUCAGCGAGACGUGUACACAAAGUUUGGAAGAUAACUUCGAAAAACCAGACGAUAUCACAAAGAAAAGAAGACCUAGUCUCAAAAUACCAAAACCUAGCGAGCAAUUAUACCAAAACGAUUUCCAACUUCGCGACGACACUGCAGACCGAAUCCAACAAGCAAUCGAACACGACUAUUUAGUACAACCAUCGAACAUCAAAGUAGAAAGUCCCAAAUUUCGACCAAACAACUUAUACGCGAACAGCUCGAGAUUAAUCCCCCACCAAUCUGAUAUCUUCUUAUACUCUCCCACCGAAGAGUCCAAAUCAUUUCUGAUAGAGACUCCAACAUCUGAUAUAAGUCAGAUUACUUUGAGUACCAAAGAUAACCGCAAUAGUGGUAAUUCAGUAAAAUCCGGUAAAGAUGCAACUGGACAAGAAGAAUUAGCUGAAAUAAUCAAUGAUUUUAAAAACAACGUCUUCUCAAUAUCCGAAGUGGAAAAGCUAGUCAUGGAAUGGCGGAAUAGAAAUGAAACGCAACAGUCACUCAAAGAAAAGCAAGAACAGUUAAAUAAAAUGCGUGAGGAAUACGAUAAGAUUCAACAGAAAAUAAAAGAUAAGCUAAAGAGGCCUACACCAUUCGAGAGGGUUAAAAAGAUGUUUUCUAAGAGUAAAAAUAAACAUAACGAUGGCAGUAAUAGUAAUACAGGCACUAUUGAGAAACGAAAUGGAAGUACUAGACCUAAUAGUAGCCUAAGUGAAAGUUCAUCAUCAUCAGGUCGUCUGAGCACAGUGAGUGGCGGAAGUGUUGGAGAGACUAAUAGUGUACAAUCAGAAUGCCACGAUGAUAAGGCCAGAUCUAUUAUAUCGUCAAGUACACUAACAAUGAACUCUUGCGACGGCGACAAUCGCUUGGAUGAUUAUCUGAUUCCGCCCCCGCCUCGCCCUGUCAACGGAUGCGCUCAAUUCACAACAUUUGGACAUCCCAAACAAGAUAGAACACACAUGGCUACAAUAGUAGAAAGGGAGGCCUCUGCGUCUCGCGAGCGACUCGACUGCGACUCGGACGCAACGCACUUACGAAUGACUUUUGGUGCCCGCGACCGAAUUCGUUGUGACGACCGCGAUGGAGCUCACAUGUACAUGAAUAUAUCUGCUACUCAUUCUUAGAUAGUCAUUAGGAACAUUUAUCAAACUUAUUAAAAAUAAUGAUACAUAAACAUUGCUACCAAGUAAAA